UCGAGGACGUUAGGCUUAGCCGACUCUCGCCGCGUCCAUGUCCGUGUGCGUGGCCGUCGAAGCCACCGUCCCUACCUUCGAAGGCCUUCGGACGUUCUACGGCGAGAGCAUGGCGACCGAGAUGGCCGAUUUUCACGACAUGUGGCAAGAUAUUGAAAGUGUCCUACUUGGUGAUAUGACUAUUAAUACAGCUUCCGGAUAUGGGGAUAUGAGGACGAUAUCAUCGAAUCACGGCUCUUUCACUCCAACUACUGAUGACAGUGGAGGAGGAAGUAUGUCUUCCAUCGGUUACUCUGGCAACAGCAGCACUAUUCCACGACGGUGUUUACCCUACAAUCAAGCCCUAUCACCAAAUUUUUCAUCGCAAUCAAAUUCAAUACAACAACCCCAUCCAGUCAAUAAAAGAAAUGAAGAUGCCUCUAUGCUGCGCUUGGAGAUGGAAUUAGGGGUGGUUUAUGAAAGUACCCCUAAGCAACUUUAUAAUGACGAUUCUUCUGCGCCAUCUAAUUCACAGCAGGCGAUGGUGAGCAAAUAUGAUUUAAGUUUAAUAAAUAACUCCGCAAUAGAGCAUCAUACUCCAGAGCCAAUUGCUAUGUUUGGUGCCCAAGAUUAUCAAACUGGACACACACAGCAACUUAGGUAUGGAUCCUCCAUCGUUGAUGUCAAACCGGAAAGCAUCGGUAGUGGAAUGUUCAGCUCUCCGCCAAUUCACUCCAGAGAUUUGUCGAACUCUACAGGUAGCAGUGGCUAUCUUAUGUCACCUUGGAAUACAUAUCCAUCUCCAAUUGUCGCUAGUCACUCAUCCCCACCAGCAACCCCAGACAAUGCUUCCAGCAUGAGGUAUCCUCACAACAUUAACCAAUAUGACUCUUAUUUCAAUUCUUCUUCUCUGCAGAGGUUACCACAAACAAGGCCAAACCAUUUAUCUUCAAACCAUCUAAUGCAACCUUCAUUCACGACAUCUUAUCCAUCUCAAGGAAGGAUAGUUACCCCACCAAACUCACCGCAUUUAGUGGACUUGUUGUCUGGUAGGGGUAGUAGUGCCGGGAUGACAAUUUUACCUACUACAGGCCCAGUAGGGAUUGAACAAUCAUUAAACACUGGGAUACCUCCACCCCCUCCACCAACGAAACCUCGGCGAGGUCGUAGGUCGCGUGGACCAAAGAAAGUGACCAUCCACACUUGCUCAUAUCCUGGUUGCUCCAAGACAUAUUCAAAGAGCUCACAUUUGAAAGCUCACCUCAGAACACACACGGGCGAAAAGCCAUACCAGUGCAACUGGAAAGGAUGUGGGUGGAAAUUUGCGAGAUCUGAUGAACUGACUAGGCAUUACAGGAAACACACUGGUGACAGACCGUUCCAGUGCAGGUUAUGUGAAAGAGCUUUUUCUAGAUCGGACCAUUUGUCUUUACAUAUGAAACGUCAUUCUGAAAUUGUAUGAUAGUUAAGUUCCUGGAACUCAUAAAUGGGUCCAGUGCCUUUUUAAAUUAUUGACCAAAAAUUUUUAUAGUUUAAAUUAAUUAUGAGGUGGAGGGCGACGAAAUAGAAUGAAAUCUAUGAAAAAUUUCCCUUCAGUGCUUAUGAGCAACUACCAAUUUAAUCUCACCGAGUGAUAGUGAAUUAAGGAAUGCUGAUCUUGUUCUGAGUGAAGGAAAUAUUGAGUGCGGAUCCUGCUUUGAUGUUCAAACCUCAUCAGUUGCUUCGUGCUUCUGUUUAGCAUGAUUGGUUUGCACGUAGCAAGGACUUAAGCUGUGAAGGAUUCACAUUGGAAGAGUGGAGUCAACUUUGAAUGAAAUGUUUUACUGAAAGAUGAAGGUAGAAGAAUGGUGAAGUCCGGUGAGAGAAAACGUUACUGGUGAACAAUUGUAAAAUGAACUGAACAAAUUUGUGUAAAGAAAAACCUUUGUUUCACAAUUGAUGCAAAUACUAUCGUUUUAAAAUUUGAACUAUCAAAAAUCAAUUGCAUUUUGCAUGAAAUUAAAACUGAUUACAACAGCUGAGAAUAAUUUUAUUGAUUCUGCA